AUGGAGUUUGCGGUAGCAAAAGCUUUGAAACCGAGUUUACGAAGGGAGUUUGUUUAUCAACAAACGCUCGGCGAGGAACUUUAUAGCUUUAACUCGAACACGGUGGUUGCCGGUGAGGAUUUCUCCGUCGACGACCUCCUUGACUUCUCCAACGGCGACGUUCUUCACCAUGAGCAACACAACGAGGAAGAUGAAGAAGAAAAAGAUAGUUUAUCUCUUUCCUCUCACUCACUCUCGGAAGAUAGCAACUCCAAUUCCACCGACGCUUCCUAUGAUUCCAUUUUCUCAACUGAAUUACUCGUUCCGGAUGAUGACGUGGCAGGCCUUGAAUGGGUUUCUCACUUUGUAGAUGAUUCUCUACCAGAGCUUUCUCUUCUCUAUCCGGUUCAUGUUCAAACCAACGCAUAUCCUCAAAAUGAACCGAACCAUGAAAAAACCUUCCGUUUUUCUUCUGAUAAAAUUACCAGAAAAACCAGAACCGUCAAGAACAGAAAACCAAACCCUCGGGCUUGGGCUUUUAGCCCUUUGAUUUUGCGUCCGUUUUUUCCGUCUACGGUUUUUGCAGAGCCGCCAGCGAAGAAACAGAAGAAAAAGGCCCAGGCCCAAGUUGAUGGAGUUGAAGCCCAAGAUGAGUCCCAUUUACAGCGAAGGUGUAGUCAUUGCCAAGUGCAGAAGACGCCGCAGUGGAGAACCGGUCCGUUAGGAGCUAAAACCCUAUGUAACGCGUGUGGGGUUCGGUAUAAAUCCGGUCGGCUUUUUUCGGAGUAUAGACCGGCUUGUAGCCCAACUUUUAGCAGCGAAAUUCAUUCCAAUAGCCACCGGAAAGUGUUGGAGAUGAGGAAGAGGAAAGGAAUGGCUGGACCGGAGUCCGGUUUAUCGGCUCAGACCCAAAUAGUUACAACUUGCUGA